CGCCACCGUCACUUCUCGUCGUCUUCUUGGUUCCCGCUCACUUCUCGUGUUCUAAUUGGCUCCGGGUGAUGCGAUGAUCCGAGCACGCGCUGCUUCAUACGUAGUGGUAGUAGUAGUAUCCAGGGUGCUCUGCUUGCUCUGCUCUGCCUGUGUUCAUGGUUUAGAUCAGCUGCUUUGGCUGCUCCAGCGCUGGGGGUGUUCUGUUUCCAAUUUCCAUCGCUGUUCUUGGCCCCUUUUGGACAUGAUUGCCUCUCCUAACAAAGGUCCUGCCGCCAUUUCGAUACCCACCUUCUAGCCUUUCAAACGAAUCGCCGUGGAUCUGGUAAACUCGGUCUGUUCGAGGGAUGCAGCAAAUCUGUCUCUGUCAACGCCAAAAUGUUUGCUGUUCUGUCCUCUCCUCUGUCCGUCUCUCUCUCGCAAGGAAACCAAAUCUCUGUUGCCAACUACCAUUCGGUACAUUGCGGGUCAUACUUGCGCGUCCUGCUAAUAGGAUCACGUUUUUCAUGUAUGGACUCGCAUCCUAUUUGAAAAGGUCGUAUUGAAUCGUGUGUGCUUUUGUUUAUGCACUAUUUUUAAUUUAUGAAAUGUAAUCGACUCAAACAGUAUAUACUUACUAGAGUAGAGGAAAAGCUUCAGGAUGUUGCUUCAUUCUUACACAAAAAUGAUCGGAUCAGCUCGGCCGUAUGUUGAGUGCGCCAAACAAAAAGCUCAAAGGCUAACGGGCACCUUGUUUUGCAGGCACCGUGUGCUAACUGCUAAGCUUAACUAGAUACAAAUCCAUUGAAAUGUGACGUGUGUGGGUUAUAACUUUCUAUGCAUCGGUUUUGGUAUCUCGAGUGCACUAAACUAUCUGCCCUUUGGUAAUUAAUUAACUAGCGGUGUAAGCCAUCAAACUUUACUGAAUCCGUGUGCUUCGCCUGUUGAUCUAUCAUAACCUGAUUCCAUCAUAAAGUCAAAAUGAUAGUCGAUCACAGCUAUAUGUACAUGCUUAGCCUUGUUGUUCUGUUACGUACUGUGUUUUUAUUCCUUUUUUUAAUAAAUUCCAGUAGGGGUGUAAGCUCCUCCUCUUAAAAAAAGAGAGAGGAUGCACAAAACUACACAAGGAGGAUAAAACAAGGAAAAUCUAAUAUAUUGACAGUUAAAUCUAUGCCUAUCUUAUUUUUAUGAAAAGUUCCUCCAACUUGCUGGCCAAAUCAUUGAUGGUUUCCCGAUCCUGUUACGCUUUUGUUUUUGUGCACUGUGAGUCUGUGACUAUGUCAGGAUUUCGGGUAUGGAGUUUGUACGAUUCAAGAAAACAAAAUCAUCAUAGUUAGUUGUUGGGCAAAUUAUUCCUGUUUCGGGAUCUUAUCUCAAGAUGGAAAUCAUUAUCUUUGCUUUUUGUUAUUGUCUGGUCUGAUCGGUAGAUAUGCUUAAAAACGAGCCUUUUUGUUGCUUUUAUCUCCGUUGAUUGAAUAUCUAGUGUUCCAAACUCGAGUUAGCUCGUAAUUGGUUUUAAACCUAUAAAGUAGUUAAGUAUCCUAUCGUGUCGUUGUUUGUCAAUUAUUCCUAUAGAAGAAUAAUUGCUUAACUAAUGACUAGGAUCAGAUUGAAGAUUAGAAUACAGAUGCAUGGUCUAUCUUUUCCCCUCCUACCGGUUGUUUGUGUGGUCAACGCUGCUCCAUUAGUCUUCCUUGCUCCCGUACGAAAGCAAGGAGUUAAUCCUGUCGCUGUCCAAUUGCCCAACAUCGUUCUCCGAAAUCAAAUCACGACGACAUGUUUAGCUGAUCGGAUCAAGGGUGCCGCCACCAAGAGCUGACGAGAGGACAGGGAGAGACGGAGUGCCAAGAGACGGACCAGCCCUCCUCUGUGCUCCCUGGAAGUGCAUGAACUAGUCAUGGAUCAGACGCGCACGGGCGGUGCCGGUGAGCAGCCCAGGGGGGCUCCCGGCGAGGAACCGGCGAAGAGGGUCAUCGGCGCAGACGCGCCCGCGGCGGCGGCGGGGGAGUCUGGCUUUGACUGCUUCGACUGCAACAUCUGCCUCGAGUGCGCCACGGAGCCGGUGGUCACGCUCUGCGGCCACCUCUACUGCUGGCCCUGCAUCUACGAGUGGCUACGCCCCGACGCCGAAGCCGACGCCAUGAGCUCGGCGAGGCGGCAGUGCCCCGUGUGCAAGGCCGCCGUGUCCCCGGACGCGCUCGGGCCGCUCUACGGCCGCGGCGGGAGCUCCAGCAGCGCCAAGAAGCCGCCUCCGCGCGGCCUGGCCAGCAUCCCGUGCCGGCCGGCCCUGCGACAGAGCGCGCAAGACGGCGGCGGCCACCACCACCAUCGGCACGCCGAGACCGACGCGCCAGCCCGGACGCCGCGGCACCCCGCCGACGCCCACGCCCACGCCGCGCAGUUCGACGCCCUCCUGCCCACGCCGUUCGGGGGCCGCGGCAUGAUGCGCUCGACGGCCGGAGGGAUGCUCGGGGGCAUGGCGGUGGCCGUCCUCCCGAUGGUGCUCCGUGGGCAGGCGCAGCCGCCGGCCAUGCACUACUCGGGCACUUAUCAUCUGAUGAGCCCGAGGCAGAGACGGUGGCAUAUGGAGGUAGAGAGGUCCCUGCAUCAGAUAUGGUUCUUCCUCUUCGUGUUCGUGGCGCUGUGCUUGCUCUUGUUCUGAUUUCUCUGAAGCAGCGGCAGUGACGUAUGUGGGUAGGGUCGUGUGUAAAUGUAAUAUACGGAGUAGAGCUUUGGUGAUUGCAUGACGGCGUCCAAGAUGUCACAUUGAAAACCAGCUUCUGAAUUCUGAUCCUGGAAAGAAGAAAUCGGUUUCGAAACUGCGAAGGACCGUUGCGGUAUAUCAGAAAGAAUUGUCCACAUAUAUUGGCAAACAGUAACACAUAAGCUACUGGUAACAUAGAGCGUCAAAAGAA